GCGAGGGAAUGCUUUAUUGCUGCUAACCCCGCAGAGACCUCGCCUUUCAAGAGGCCACCACAACACCUUCCAGAAGAACCAGAUCAUUUCAGAACCAGGUCGUCGCCAUGACUGACGGCUCUGUGCCCCCACCCCAAGCUUUUCCCCUAAGCUUUGAAGAGAUCGAAGGGCUCGUGAAGACACUAUACGACCCCGGCCAUGCUAAAAGAGUGUCUGAGAUCGAGGCUACAUUACGGGUGCUUCAGCGGUCUCCCCAAGGGUGGGAUAUUGGUGAUGCCUUGUUGCACAGCAGUGAUGAGAAUGUCCGCUUCUUUGGCGCUCUAACCUUCACCAUCAAGCUAAAUGCCGACUCUACCGGGCUAAACGAAGAGGCUUCGCAGCAACUCCUCUCCAAACUUAUUCACCAUCUCGUUUCACAUGCCAAGUUGUCCAUAGCCACCCGAAAAUUAUGUUCAACACUUGCACAAUACUUCUGCAAACCAAUAUCAGUAUGGACUAUGUCAAUUCGGAGUUUGGCAGUCUCAUUUGCUCAGCAACAGCCUGUGUUGGAUGAUGCCCUCGGCAACCAGCCGUCAACGUGGGACAUACUGCCAGCGCUUUCAGAUGAUCAACUCCUUUGUCUGCUCGAAUUUGGAAUGGACCUAGCUGAUGAAGCGAAGAAGAUUGCAAACGUUCCGGACCGUAGCCCUCAUGAACGGAUGAUCCCAAACGCUGAAAGCAUCGAAGUCCUUCUUCAGGUGUCUUUCGGACGGGGUAUUAAAUACCUCUCAACACCUAUCAAGGAUCCGGAUUACGACAACUACCUGCAACUUGGUGAGAAGAUUUGUGGUUCCUCUUUAAAAUGCUUCAUUGGGUGGAUCUUCUAUGCUCAGUCAGAGUUUAAAGAAGUGCCAGGAAAGCUCCAAUACCUUCGAUCAGUGACCGAGCUAGCAUUAGCCUGCCUCGAAUACCACGUUGAUGACGCCAUGGAACUUGUUGCGGAAGUGCUAGAAAACUAUCCAAAUUUCUUCGAACCGAAGCAGCAAGAGAUGCUCUGGUCAGCGAUAAUGAGUCCCUGGGGGAUGGACAUCUUGAAGAAUCUCGAUGCGGAAACAGUCUCCCUUGCAAGGAUCAUUGUGGCAUAUGGACAAAUCCUGCUCAACGCAAGAAUCCUAUACCGGGAACCAGAUAUCACUCAUCACCAGCAAGUCAUGUCUGUCUUACACGAAUUACUUAAGUACCCCGACCCGGUCGGUGUUGAAGACGAUGUCGCCCCAGUUGUGCUUGACUUCUGGAACAAUUACGUCAGCACUAUCGCAGAGGAACUCUUCCAGUUCACCGAGGAAGACGCCAAGCCAGCAUGGACAGAAAAGGCGAGGGCCAAUGUCUUCUUGGCGAUAUCUGAGUUCUUCCAAAAGAUCACCUUCCCUCCAGCAGCUAUCACCAAGUCUUGGCAUUCAGACGAGAAGAAGACCUUCAAGGUGUUCCGCGUUGAUGUCCGAGAUAUUGUGCAGGAGGCCUUCGAAGUCCUUCGAGAAACUGUGCUAGACCAGUUCCUUGACUUUACGCUGCGGGCCCUGGAAGCGGGCAACUGGCUGGAGCUUGAAGCAGGCAUGUUCUGCUUGAACGCUAUUUCCGAGGCUCUAGCAGAACCGGCCGAUGCGCGGGUGCGGCGAUUGUUUGAGCAACCUCUCUUCACUGUUAUGGCUGGGAAUGCAGAAAUUCCUGCUAUCACACGUCGAACUGCUGUCGAAAUGGUUGCUGCCUUCAACAGCUUCUUUCUUCGAAAACCUGAGUUCCUUCCUCAAGUUUUGCCGUUCCUUCUCAGUGCUUUGGCGCAACCGGCUCUCGCACAUAGCGCAGCGAAGUCAUUUGCCUCACUAUGCUCCGAGUGCCGAAAGUCACUUACAGGCGAGCUGACCUCUUUUUUCCAAAUGUAUGAACAGUUUCUCGGCUAUCAAACGGCCGAAGAGUUCACGAAGAGCAAAGUAUUAGAAGGUAUUGCUGCGAUAGUACAAGCCCAAGAUUCAGACGACAAGCGACAGCCCGGUGUGCAGCAACUCUUUCAAUACAUCACACACGACGCCAUGCAAGCAAUCAACGUCAUGAAGGAGGGUAACGAUCCAGAGCAGGGCCAAGUCCUCGCUCUCACAACGCUAAAAUGCCUCGCCUGCAUCGGCAAGUCCCUCCAAGCAUCCGAUGAAGAAGUCAUUGACCUCGAAUCUGAGCACAACCCUUCCCAAUACUGGACACAAGGCCCAGGCAAACAAAUCCAAAAUCAAAUCAUCAACUUCGUAAACUAUCUCACUCAGGUAUUCAUCUCCAACUCUGAGGUCAUCGAGGCAGCCUGCGAUGUCCUACGCGUCGGACUCAAAGAAACAGUACCUGGGCCUUUUGUGCUCCCGCCAUCCGCAUUCAUCGACUUCAUCGCGAAAACGAAUAUGCAGACUCCGAGACUGCCAUAUGUUCUUGAGACGGCGUGUUGUUUCAUCUCAUCCCAUAAAUCAGACAAAUCGGAAGAGUAUCAGGUCCAGGCACAGCGCCUCCUCCACUACAUCCUUACCAUCAUGCAAAGUCUCCAACAUCCUUCCAACGACCCUGAAAUCUCGGUUGGCUGUACCGAGGUGAUACAAAAGUUCAUCAGCACAAACGCGGCAAUCCUAUCGACGGUUCCAGCAGGUGUUCUGAAGGGCAUGUUCGACUUCUCAAUCGAAUGUAUCAAGUCCCCUGAGGUUCUACCUAAACGCGCAGCCGCGUCCCUCUGGAAAGAUAUAUUUGAGCUGAGCGGAAAUACGAAGAAUGCACACCAAACGACGGGCCAGGAUAUUGUGAAUCAUUUUGGGCAGGCGGUUACGUCGGCGUUGAUAUUCAACGUAUGUGGUGAGGUUGAUGGAUCCAGUCUGGAUCAAAUUAUCGCACCAUUGCGGAAGAUCAUUCAGUCCGACCGGAAUGCGCGGACAUAUAUCACGAACGCCAUAGCGGAACAGCCUCUCAUAAUUCGUGUCAAGGAGGAUCCAACAACUCAGGAGAUGGUGCGGAAGUAUGUUGAAGGGCUUAUGAGAAAUGCCCGCGCCUCCACAGCGUUCAAGGAAACGGUCAAAGACUUCUGGGCGAAGUGCAAGCAGAUCCAGAUGCAAUUUACGCCCCCGCAGAUGAUGCAUCCAGGCCAUAGAUUUGCGCAAGGUGUGCACCCUGCCCCGAGUCCAGCGCAUGGGUACUAGAUCGCAACCCCUCUACCCUUCGAACUAUCUCCUCAUCAUUCCGUCUUCGGUAGAGAUCCUAUAGUCAGUAGUCCUUGAACUCAGCGAACGCAGCCAGCG